UUGUUGUGACACUUGGUACCAGGUUCGAAAAUCAGAAAAGUAAACAUUCUAAGCACGACCCGCUUUAAAGAACAAACAGAGAAAGGAUAUUAAAGCUGUUCAAUAGUUUGAACCACCGGUAUCUGCAAGAUGAUAAAGUGAAUGAAGAUGUUGCAAAAAUGAUAUUGAUAUUUGUGAUUGGCUGGUUAACAACACAGGUUGCCAGUAAAGACCCAGAUAACAGCCUAUGUAAACAGAAACCUACAUCUGAUGUGGUAGGGAUACCUCUACCUGCAUUACCAAACCAGUUCCAUGCUUUAUUUGAAGCGAAUAUUUUACAGAAAGGGUACACUGUUUAUCAAGAAGAAUAUUAUGAUUACCCUGGAAACCGAGGAGUAAUUAUAACAACUAGGAAUGGACAAUCCAUGAAAAGUAUCACAGAUUUCACAACAUACAGUGUUCAUCAGAUUGAUAUAGGUACAGGCAAAUGUGUUGUCCAGGAUCUGAGGCAGAUGAAGUCUACCUUAUUCAACUUCACAUCUACAGCAACUGGAGGCCAUGUGAAGGGGCUAGCUGAUAUAUUUAAAUUCAGUUCAAAGUUCAACGAAUCAUACAUUGGAACGACUCAGAUCAGAGGGAUCCCUGCCCAUCAUUGGACAACCUGUUUACACGUAGAAAGUCUGAGGGCCACGUUUAACAUGGACUACUAUUUUUCAGUGAAGACCUAUGAUUUAGAAGGAUCCCAAAAAGAAAUACCCUUGAGAGCUGCUAUAAAGGGUAUAGCAUCCAAUGUAGACCAGAACAAUGUCAUAUUGAAUGGUACACAUAAUUUCAACCAUGUUUAUGAGUUUGUGAAGUUUGAACCUGGACCAAUAAAGGACCCAUCAGUUUUCCAGAUCCCACCAAGCAUUAUUUGUACUGGUUCUCAGGACAAGAAACCAGUUCCUAAAAUGGCUGAUCAAGUUAGUUUUGGAAUGGAGAAAAUGAGCAGAACUCCUGAUACUAAACUGGAGGAUCCUAUGUAUAUUCAGGUAGAUUACGAUUUUACAUCUCAGAUUGCCAGACUUGAUUUAUCAAAAGUUCCAUCCAAUGGUCUCAGAAAAGUAUAUGGAAAUGACAGCAUUAGUUUGAUACAGGAUUUUAAUUUAGGAGUUCAGUAUGUUAUAGACAGUUUAUAUGGUAACUGUAGUGUUACAGAGUUAACAGCCAGCUUUAAUGAUCUCACCCCAAGACCAAGCUAUCUGUUGCCACCAGAAAUGAGACACCCAAUAGCUCUGUUAGAUGUGAAUUAUUCCAGCAUGCUUUAUCAGGGGAAGAAAUUAUACCGAGAUUUGAAUGUGGAGUCCUGGGGCAAAGUAGAUGAUGUGACAAACUUCAAACAUGAGAUCUAUUUUCUUCUGGAAAAGAAGGAUGGACCAAGAUCAAGAGAGUCUAACCCUUUAUUGGAACCUGUACCUGUAGGGGUUUAUGUCUCUGUUAAUGAUGCCCACAGAAGACAGGAUGGCUUAAAGUUAAAAGUGGAAAGUUUUACCAACAUAUAUAACUACCAACCAAACCGGAUAGAUCCAUCAAGAUUUGACAUUAGAGAGUGUUACAAUAGUGAUUCAUCAUUUAAACAGUUGCAUGUAGCAAUAAAAUCAGAUAAUCCAGCAGCCAUUUUGUCCCAGAAAUCACUGUACCUUAAUCAUCUCCACCAGUUCCUGAGUAAAACAGCUAAAGUAUCUCUAACAAGGAUCUCUGAUCUUUAUAUUACCAAGGGCUUAAUAGACCAAACUAUCAGUGUAUAUUUUAUUCUGCUUAAUAAAUCUCCCAUGCCAGCAGGAAGAUGGAGUAACGUUGACAAAACACCAAGCUUAGAGGAGGCCUAUAACAACCUUCAGAAUGCAGUCACUGACGGAACAUUAUUUACUGUAGACAAGAAGAAUUUUCUAGUGUCUUCACUUUAUACACAGAAAUCAGUACAAUCUGACAAGAAAUCAGAACAGGGAUACAGUGCAGGAUCCAUGGCUGGCCUAGGAAUUGGUAUGUUUCUAACAGGUAGUUUGUGUGGACUGGCAGGCCUGUACUUAGUCCAGAAAAAACGAGAUACAUCUGUUCCAUAUGAAUUACAAUGAGGGUGAAAAGUUUUGGAAGAAUUUGCAGGCGUGAAAACAGAAGUCUUUUAAUUUUAUAAGUGCAGUAAAAUUUGUUUUUACAAAACAACAUUUAGUUAAGUGAAAUUUACAUGAUACAUAUGUCAUUGUGAUAUUUAUUUUCUAAUAUAUAGCUCAAUUGGAUAAAAACAAAUAUUCUUUAGACCAACUGAUUUUUGCAAUCAUUUUUUUUUCUCAUAACUGUCCUUUGUACACAUUUUUAAGGCGAAUAUUAAUGUUCUCAGAUAUGUCAAACUUUUAUUAUUCUUUAUAUGAAACUUUUAAAAAUCACAAAAAAUAUAUAUUGUUGUGAUGUCAGGUAGAAAAAUUAUAUAAAACUUGAUAAAAAAAUGUAUCUGCAAUAUGUAUACAGUAAUUUAGUAUUUCUCUAUAGUGUGAUCUCAUUAUUUUAUACCAGCAGUAUGUCUAUAUUUAAUAUAAUGUCAGUUAUGAUAGGCCAUCUAGGGUUGUCACACUUUUUCUUAUUGUAUGAAAACUGUUUUCUAUUUUGACAUAUAUUUGUAUGCACAUUUAUCAAAACAUAUACGGUAUGGGUUUUUCUCACAUACUCUGAACUUUGGUGGAUAGUUGUCUCAUUGGCGUUCGUACCACGUCUCCUUAUUUUUAUAUUCUUCUUGUUAAUUUUAGUCUUAUAAUUAUAUGUUUGUAAACAUGUAUGGAAACCAGUUAAUAACACAUGCAUUUGUGUACUGUAAAUUCAGAAAUUAUUGCGAUGUUUUUAUUAUUGCGAAAAAUGCGACAGGGUUAUAAUCGCAAUAAUUAAAACUCGCAUUUUGAAAUUUUUUAUAUUAAUUAAACAGGAUUUUUCUCAAUAUCGCAAAAAUUAAAAUCGCAUUUUAGUCUAAAAUGACAAAAUCGCAAUAAUAAAUGCACGCAAUAAUUUCUGAAUUUACAGUAUACUGUAUAUGCAAAUUAACCAAAAGUAGUGCAGAUUAAUAUGGGCAUGACAACCAGGGGCGUUUUUAACGACCUUGACUACCCAUGAGGGUCUUGCUCGGUCGAUCCUGGCUUACGCCUUUUUGGGAAUUUGAAUAAUUUAUUUUUACCUUAUGGUAAUUGAUAUAAUUUUGAGUGACAUAAACAUCUCAUGAAUGUUGUAAAAACAAGAACAAAAAGUAAAAUGAACAAUAAAAACGAUAAAAAAAUAAAUAAAUGAAUAAAUUGAUGAAUAAAAAUAAAUAGAACUUAAUUAAAUAAAAAAUGAAAAUAAAAUUUAUAAAGAACAAAAAAAAUAAAAAUAUAGGUGCCACCACAAGCCGGAACAGGAGAAAAGGCCAAACAAACGACAAUGUUGUCAUGGUCAUGUAAAUUAAUUGUGAGUUUUAUAAGGUCAGAAAUAAUUGCAUACUGUAGAUUCAUUGUUAUUCAUGGUAUACCAAUAUUCAUGGAUUAAGUAGGUUUAGGUAAACACCAAAUUUAAAUGAUGAACAAAGUACAAAGGUCCGGUAAGGGCUAGUUUUGGCCUAUUAUUCGAAGUACAUCUAAUGAAAGAUUUUUGACAUUUUUUAAACACUUAAGUGUCUACCUCAGUCGAUUCAAUUAGUGUAUGUAACAAAUUUGGACUGAUUUGGUCAUUAAAGACGCUCAAAUUUAAGCUUCAUUAUGAAAAAUCUAUCAAUUAUGCCAUAAAACGUCACUUUUCAGAUGGUUUUUGUCUAAAAUGUAAGUGACCGCAUUCAUGUUCAGUCUCAACCUUUAUAUACUUUAUGUAUUAUCAUCAAAUACAACAUAUAUUUAAAUAUUAAGACUGAACACAAAUGCGGCCACUUCCAUUUUGGACAAACAUCGUCUUAAAAUUAACACAAAUGCUAAAAUUGUGAAGAUUUCAGUAAUAUUGCAUGAAUUUAUGAUGCUAUUACCUGAUGCAUGUGCAUUGUAUUGUCAAAAUCAACCCAUAUUUUUGGAACAGAAGUAUUCUUUCCAAUAAUUAGCUAAAAGUUUACAUUUUAACAAAUUGGUAAAAAUGCUACAUUUUGGGGCCAAAAAGGGGUCUUACCGGGCCUACUCCUUUUCUGUAGUCUUGUAUGCAGACUUUGGCAAAACCAAAUCAAAUAUCAAAAUGUAAUUGUUCAUCAACCCAUGAAAACUAAAUGAAUCCACAGUAAUACAUAUAUUUGUAUUUCAUUUAAUAUACCUACCAACCAAUCAGAAUGUCAGAACCAUAGGCAAUUUACAUAUUUGUUAUCAUUCAUAAUUGUUGUGAUAUUUCACAAAGAAACAUAACUUGUAUAACUUGUAUCGUUUGCUUGAUUAUUAUUUGUUGAUGUAUUAAUCUGAUUUUCUGUUAUGUAUGCAUUCCAAUCAACAGUUAUUUGAGGGUGUGGAUGGGGCCCCUCAAUUCUUCAUUUUUUAAUUGGUUAGACCAUUUUCUCUUUUCUUGAUCUUUUUGACCCAUUAUUCCCUAUUUUUGUUACCCUAGGCUGUCCGUCUUCCGUUCGUGCGUCCCAUUUUUGUUGCAAAGCUUGAGCGGGGGCAUUCAUGUCCUCAGACACAUUCUUCUUUUAUUUUAUUCCUUUUUUUCUGCUCCUUUUGUCUUU